AUGGCCUCCGUUCGUCAACUGGCUAUUUUGGGAGGCCACCCAGCGUUUUCUCCCUGCGAUCCUGUGCCGUUGAUAUCCCCUCAAGGCUACCGACCCAAGGGUGACUACAGCGCGGUCGAUGCCAUUCUCGCCAAUAAAGCCUGUGAAGACUCAACGACCCGUGCCAGCAAGCAGCGUUUCGUAUCCAAGUUACUGCCAGGCGUUGGGAAUUCUAGCCUAGGAUACCGCAUCCCUUUACAACGCCGCAUCGGAGACUUCCUGGAACUUGAUCUCAACAAGACAUCAGUACUCUGCGUCACCAGCGGCACGAAUGCACUUCGAGCCGUGCUGAAAGGAAUUCGCGCUACCUAUGGGCAUACCCAGCGCAACGAGGUCAUUAUACCUCAGCUCACGGUCGGGGCAACUGCCGAAGCUGUGAUUGAUGAGGGAUUCAAGCCAGUCUUUGUGGAUGUCGAUCCAUUGUCAUGGCUCUUGUCACCGGAGGCCACUAAACGAUGUAUCUCGAACAACACCGCAGCUAUCGUCACUGUUGAUUGGCUCGGUACCUUGUGCAAUCUCAACACCUUUCGCAAGCUCGCUGACGACCACGGCAUCAAGCUCAUCUCCGACAGCGCUCAGAGCUUCGGCGCUGUCAAAGGCAAGCCUCAUUCGAUCGAUAUCGCCGAUGCCACCAUUUACAGCCUGGGUUAUCCGAAGGUCUUUACAGGGGCAGGAUCGGGUGGCGUCAUCGUUUGUCCAAAGCCUUUGGCCAGUGUACUGGAGAAUCAUUCCACUGGUAUCUUGCGACAUGAAACGAUGGCGGAGGUUCAUGCGUUCAUAUCUCUUCGAGCACUGGACGUGCUUCCACAAGCUCUCGAGACGCGUAUAUCAGCCGGCGAGAUGUACCGUCAUCUACUCGCUGACAUUCCUGGCAUCAUCUUCCAGGAAGUUCCUGACGGUCUGGGAACAAAUCACUAUCAAGUCAGCGUCUUCAUCAGGGCUGAGGACUUUGGUCUCAACUCCGAAGACCUCUGCGCGGCGCUGAAGGCUGAGAACGUUCAUUGCAGCGCAGCCAGAAUGCCAUGCAUUGGUACUAAGAAAAGGUUUCUUCAGUACGGCGAAGUGGGAGGAGACCUCAAGUUCAGUCGACUGCUAGCCGAAAAUUCGGUCACUCUGCCCAUUUACAACAACAUCAGCCUCGAAACGGUCGAGAGGAUCUGCUUCUUGAUUAAAGACAUCCACAAGAAAGGUUCGAUCAUCCUUGAAGCGAAGCAGAAACCUGGUUUGACGUGCGCCUCGUCUCUGGGCAAAUCGGCCGAUAUUGUCGAUAUUGGGUCCAAGUUUCGCAGGCAUUUAGAUGUACCCAUCCUGAAUGACAGCAGCGUUCACUCGAAAGUUUUCGUACCGAUUUCCUACCUAGAGGCGCAAAACGUGUCCAUUGACGAAGUUCUCUACCGUUUCAAGUCGCGGCGGGAAUGGAGCCUGGACGAGCUUGUUGUUGCUGGGCUUUUCGUGGAUGCGGUCAUCGGCAAGUCAGUCGUCCUUUCCCCACGCAGCGAUGGUCACUGCAAAGGCAGUGACAGCGCUGUUGCUCUGGAUGAGAGCGGAUCUUCUGCGAGCGUUACCUUGGUGCCUGGAGCGGACGGCAGAUUGACGGUUCACAAGACGGCUGUGGGGUACGGCAUCGAUGGCAAUGGGGCACCAUGGCUGAGAAGACAAUCGAUAUUCUUGGAGGCGAGCAACGCCGUUAAGAACACAGGAAUUUUCGUGGUACCCCAGCAGGUCAGUGAUACCGAGAGCGGGAUCAGGCUCGUGUUCCCAUACAUCCCAAGCCACUCGUUCGGAGAACUGAUAUUUGCCAACGUCGGCGCGAAGCCGGCGGUGGCCGCCAUCGUGGACUUGCUUUCUAAUUUGGCAACCUCUGUCUGGACCGAAAGCCGAGACAAAGCCCACCCAGAUUUCAUCAAGCAGGCGCACUUUGGUAGAAUGAAAAGGCGUGUCAAGAUCGCCCGCGAGCGUCACGAAUUGCUCGACAAGAUCCUCAAUCAAAAGUCAGUCAUGCUGAAUGGCAAGCUUCUGAUGGGUUUCGACUGCGUCAUGGAGAAUUUGGAAGCACAUCCCGAGCUUGUCAAGAUUGGGCCGACCGUUUUAAACGAGAUCCACGGCGACCUCAACAUCCACAACAUACUCAGUCACUUGGACCCAGAUCAAGACGAGCCCGUUGCGCUUAUUGACCCUCGUGGUGUUCCGCUUCUCGAUCAUUCCGACGACAAGAUUUUCGAGCGUGGCGACUAUGCCUACGACGUCUCGAAGCUACUCUUCUCUCUGACAGGCUUCUCUGAAAUUAGAAAGAAGCUCUACAACAUGUCAGCUGAUGGCCAAUCAUAUCAGCUCGAGAUUCAGCAGCAUCCUGGUUCAGAUACCAUGACCGGCGCCGCCCAUCGACUGAUCCCGGAGCUCGCCUCUAAUGCAAUAGUGAGGCGAUGGAUCGAUGAAGUCGAGUCCCAGGGCACUAAAUCUUUUGAGCUCAGAGUGAGGUUGGGUGAGGCGGCACACUUCGUCGCCGACUGCGCCUGCGCACUGGGACGGGAUACGCCUUGGGAGGUGGUCCCUCUGUUCUUGAUGGGUCUCGAGAAGCUGAACAAUAUGCUCAACCUCUUAAACGGAAUCGGUCAACUCUCUAUCGACAAUUCGGAAUACUCGUCGGAUUCUGAGGCCAUAUCUGAGAGCGCAGACCUUGGAGCAUUGAUGAUCCAGUCCACCAUCUUCGGGCUACAGACGUCUGACGAAGGUCUGCCCUACAACGUGCUAGAAGUCUCUGUCAAGUUCGAGUCGGCCGCCACAACCCAGAAGCUCUUCCGCGAGAUGGCCGGAUCCUACUUACCCAAAGGAACACCGGUAUACCUAUCGACUGAUCCGAUUGCGUCGGUUGACCCAUCUUCUUGCGUGUUAAUUCACCCAUCCAACGGUGUCAGGGGCCAAACUCACAUGUUUGCAGCGGCAGCACGAAGAACCACUGCAUUCUUCAGAGACAACGGGGUGCCUCAGCACGUCAUCGAUGGCCUGAAAAUUGUUCAUAUCUCUUCGACAGGAUCAUCGUCCCGUUCUCAGUACAGCGCACGGGAUAACGACAAGCUUCUCUCUCCUGGAUCCUUCGGUAUUUCUCCCCUGAAACUGGCCCUUCUGCAGGCCAACCAACUCCCCUUCCCGAAGGCCGGGCGCUGGGUCCUCGAAAAUGACUCAUUCUUUCUGCUUAGUCGACCCUUGACUCUGGGAGGAGAUGAUCUGUGUCUUCUAGCGAUACAGAGACCGACCACGGGUUCAACCUCAUCCUGGAGGGUUUGCGUUAAUGGCGUCGAAUCUAUCAACGAUCAACUGUUCGCCAAGAGCUUCCGAGGCAUUGCGUCGCAUGAGAUGGGAAAGAAGUUGCUCCGAACGACGACUGGACUUUUCGUCCCGCACCGCCUGGCGAAGGAAAUAUCUUGGAAAGAAUCCGACUAUACUGAGAGGAUGAGUCCUCUUCUGAUUGAUGUAGUGCUCCCGCGAUUUAUGAACCGGAAUGAGUGGAUCGAACUGAGCCACAAGCAAGGCUACGGAAUCGCUUCGCAUCUCGUAUGGCAGAAUGCCAAGGAUUUUCAGGCCAUCUUCCCGUCAGUCGAACUUGCGUAUGGCGGCGACGAGACGGCUUUCUACCACUACGGUUCAGACAAGGAGUAUCACAAGCUGCUGACAGACGUGCCCUGUGAUGCUCGCCUCAACAGUCUGGCAUACGCCAUCCCCGCGGCGCAAUGGCGCCACCGUCGUGUCGACCAGAAACUCUGGUAA